AAAGAAUGCUAGGUGGGCUAUAAGUAGAAAGUUGUGGCAGCUCAGAAACUUGCGAAGAUGAUGAAAGGAUCGCUUCAACCUCCCUCUCUCUCACAAACACAGACAACAGAUUAAGUUAUGCCCAUAGGUGAUGACUUAUAACUGUCUGUUAGCCCAGAAGUUGCAUCAACCUCCUGUAAAAGUCGGUCCAAACCUUCCCAUCUCUCUAACGAAUGAUCAAGACAUCUCUCUCAAUAUCGCCGUCUCCUUUUAUAUAUUUUCUUUCCAUACUUGUCUACUUUGCCACCAAAUUAUUGUUUGAUCACCAUCUCUGAUUGCUUUCUUUUGUAUCUCUUUGUCCCUAGCUCUAGAAAACUUUGUUCAUAUGUAUUUGUGAUGGUAAAAAAAAUAGAAUAACAAGAAAGGAGUUAGCUAGGGUUUUCUAAGUGUAGAUGGUGUAAAGAACCCUAGCUUUGAGCAUAUAUAGCUAGGGUUUUUUUUUUCUUUUUUUUUCCCACCUGUAUGUUUUCUUGUUGUAUACUAAGGUAGAAGAUCUUCAUCGGAUGAGUACCAGGGGCCAUUGGAGGCCGGCUGAAGAUGAGAAGCUUCGCAGGUUGGUGGAUCAGUAUGGUCCUCACAAUUGGAACUCCAUAGCCGAAAAGCUUCAAGGAAAAUCAGGGAAGAGUUGUAGGUUAAGAUGGUUUAAUCAGUUGGAUCCAAGAAUCAACAGAAGCCCUUUUACAGAAGAGGAAGAAGAGAGGCUUCUUGCUUGUCAGCAGAUUCAUGGCAAUAAAUGGGCUGUUAUUGCAAAGCAAUUUCCUGGUCGUACUGAUAAUGCCGUGAAGAACCAUUGGCAUAUAAUCAUGGCAAGAAAAUGUAGAGAAAAAUCAAGGAUUCAUGCAAAAAGAGCAGCUUCUCAAGCGUUGUUAGUGAAUGAGCAGAAACAUUCUUUCUCAAAUCAAGACGUGAUGAGGAUCGUGAAUUGUGAGCCAAGGAACCUUGCCCCAUCAUUUUUCCACAAAUUCUGUGGAAGUUAUUGCGAUUGUUAUCAUCGUCCCUUCUGUCUCAACUAUCCGUCCUUUUGCAAUGAAAAUACCAGCCAUCAUGAAGGUAAACCUCUAGAGUUCUAUGAUUUUCUCCAAGUAAAGACUGAUUCUACCAAAAGCGAAGCCCUUGACAAUGCUAGAAGAGAUGACGUUGAGGUAGAUCAGGAAGCCAGGGAAUUACAUCAGAGAAAGGCUAAUUUUCCUUUCAUUGAUUUUUUGUCUGCUGGAAACUCUAAUUAGCGGGUUCCCUUCACUUCAUUUAUAGUACAAAUGUAAGCAGUUAUUUACGAUCACACUUAAUUAUUACUACUCAAA